CUCCUUCCCCCGCCGCCGCCGCCGCUCCCGGCGGCCCGGGGCGGCGCAGCGGCUCUGGCGCAGUCUCGCGACACUUCCCGCAGCGCCGCGCCGAGCGCUCCGGCGGCAGCAGCGGUAGCAGCAGCAGCGGCGGCGGCAGCAGCAGCCGCCCGCGGCGGGGAGACCCGGCUGCCCCUCGCACGCCCCGGCCGGUCGGCGGGGAAGACGCCCGUCCCCGCGGCUCGGUAGCAGGCGCCUCCGGGGCUCCUGGGCUCGGCCGUGCUUGCUCCCGGGCUGCCUCUGCCCGGCGGCAACGGGGACUCAGGUGGCUGGCAGCAGCUGAAGGCUGAGCCCCUUCUCUCGCCCGAUUUCUUUUAUUUUUUCUGAUACAUACGAAUACAUAUGCUGAGGGAAGCCGCGGCACUGCUGGCGGGACGCAGAAUGCAGCCCGGCUGCGGCGGGUGCUGAGAGCGGCGGCCGCCGGAGGAGGGAGCGGCUCUGUCAGCAGCCUCCUCUCCUUCCCGUGGCGGCGGCUCGGGCUGUCUCUCGCCCCCUUCGCCGCGGCCAGCCGCCUCAAACUUUCAGCCUGUUUCCGCCGCCAGGCACAGCCCAGCUCGACAUAAAUGGUGGAGGCGAUAGUGGAGUUUGACUACAAAGCUCAACAUGAUGAUGAGCUGACGAUUACUGUAGGUGACAUAAUCACCAAUAUCAAGAAAGAUGAUGGAGGCUGGUGGGAAGGACAGCUUAAAGGCAGAAGAGGUUUGUUCCCUGACAACUUUGUAAGAGAAAUAAAGAAGGACAUGAAGAAAGAAAAUACUGCCAACAAACCACCAGAGAAGCCUAUAAAUGAAGUUUCCAAUGGAAGCCCUUUACUGUUGUCUGAGACAAUUAUUAGAACCAACAAAAAAGGAGAGAGAAACAGAAGAAGAAGAUGUCAGGUGGCUUUCAGUUAUAUGCCUCAAAAUGAAGAUGAACUGGAAUUAAAAGUUGGUGACAUCAUUGAAGUUGUGGGAGAGGUAGAAGAGGGCUGGUGGGAAGGUAUACUCAAUGGAAAGACCGGCAUGUUUCCUUCCAACUUCAUAAAGGAAUUGUCUGAUUCUGAUGAUGUUGGAAUAGCACAGGAAGAACAAGUAAAGCCAAGCCUAAAAGAUGCUACAGGCUCUGAGAGUGAUGGUGGUGACUCUUGCAGCACAAAAUCUGAAGGAGCCAACGGAGGCACGACAAUCCAACCCAAAAAGGUCAAGGGUGUUGGCUUUGGAGAUAUCUUCAAAGACAAACCCAUAAAGCUACGACCAAGGUCAAUAGAAGUUGAAAAUGACUUUCUCCCAGUAGAUAAGAGUGUUGGGAAGAAAUUACCUCCAGCCACAGCACCUCAGGAGCCAACAAAAAUAGAAGUGGACAGCAGAACAAAAACCAAGGAGUAUUGCAAAGUAAUAUUUCCAUAUGAAGCACAGAAUGAUGAUGAACUCACAAUCCGAGAAGGUGAUGUCGUCACACUUAUCAGUAAGGAUUGCAUUGAUGUGGGUUGGUGGGAAGGAGAACUCAAUGGCAGACGAGGUGUGUUUCCAGAUAACUUUGUCAAGCUGCUUCCUUCUGAUUUUGAAAAAGAGAGACCCAAGAAACCACCACCUCCAUCAGCCCCUGUCAUCAAACAAGGAUCAGGUACCACAGAUCGAAAGCAUGAAAUCAAAAAGGUACCUCCUGAAAGACCAGAAUGUCUUCCUAAUCGAACAGAAGAAAAAGAAAGAUCAGAGAGAGAGCAAAAACAGUUAGACUUGCAGAAGCCUUCAGUUCCUGCUAUACCUCCGAAGAAACCUCGGCCACCCAAAGCAAACUCUGUGAAUAGACCUGGUACCUUGCCCCCGAGACGACCAGAAAGACCAGUUGUGCCUGUGACUCAUACAAGGAGUGAUAGUCCAAAAGUGGAAUUAGUGGGCAGUACAGUAUCCAGCACUCUAGAGAAAGACUCCUCUGAAAGAAGCAAUGACAUCGACUUGGAAGGUUUUGACUCUGUAAUACCAAUUGCUGAGAAGCUUAAUCAUCCAACUACAACCAGACCAAAAGCUACUGGCAGGCGACCACCCUCCCAGUCUCUCACAUCUUCAUCCCUUUCAAGCCCCGACUUCUUUGACUCACCAAGUCCUGAAGAAGAGAAGGAAGAGCAUGUUUCCAUUACACACAAAACUAUUGAAGUGUCAAGGAAAUCAAGAACUGUUACAAUAUCACAAGUGUCUGAUAAUAAAACAUCCUUGCCUCCAAAACCAGGAGGUUUGGCUAGUGGCAGUAAUGUACAACCAUCUCUAUCCCCUUCACCGUCACCUGGAUUUCACUCAAUUGCUAUGGGAACAACAGGUCACAGGUCAAAUUCCCCAUCCCUGUUCGGUACUGAAGGAAAGCCAAAGACUGAGCACUUGAGCCAAGGUCAGACUGCCCUGGAGGAGCUGAGAACACAAAUUAAGGAGCUAAAAACCAUCAUUGAAACCAUGAAAGACCAGCAAAAAAAAGAGAUUAAACAGUUGCUGUCUGAGUUGGAUGAAGAAAAGAAGAUCCGUCUACGAUUGCAGAUGGAAGUUAAUGACAUAAAGAAAGCUCUUCAAUCAAAGUGAAUACUUGAUAGGUGGAAUGUUGCAUUAUUCUUCAUGACUGAGACUCAAAUUUAUGCCCCAGCCAAAAUAACUUUGUGCCAAAUGAUUUAAGAAUUGCCUCAACAUCCCUUUAUUUGGAGGAUUAGCACAACAGUUUUUGAUAGCACAACAAAAAUACCAACAACGAGGACAAAAUUUCCACCUGAAGCAGUGCUGUGUGGCACUAGUUGUGACUGAAAUUGAUCUUCUUGUGCUAAAGGCUCUCUACUUCAAGAUGCUAGAUGAAAUGAAAACUCAGGCAGUUUAGUCCAUAGUGGUACUAUUUUGAUGAUAUUUUUCCAUAAAUAAAGUGUAUUUCAGAUUA